AUGGGUGCCUACCCCCUCGUGGUGAACCCGGUGAUCCGCCAGAUCCGUCUGGCAAGGGUUCUCAUCGAUGGCGGUAGCGCCCUCAACAUCAACUUCGCCAAGAUCCUGGAAGACAUGGGCUUCGACAUGACCGAGCUGGUCCCCUUGGACCAGGCCUUCUACGGCGUCAUCCCGGGUGCCGGCUCGACUCCGGUCGGCAAGGUCACCCUCCCGGUCACCUUCGGCACUCGGGACAACUACAGAACCGAGUCCAUCAUCUUCGAGGUGGCGCCAUUCGAGACCUCCUACCACGCCAUACUUGGGAGACCAGCUCUCGCCAAGUUCAUGGCAAUCCCAAAUCACACGUAUCUUCUCUUGAAGAUGCUGGCUCCGAACGUAGUCCUCUCCAUCCGCGGCGACAUCCAGACGUCUCACUCCUAUGAGACAGAGAACAUCAACACCGACGAAGCCAUGGAGAGGAGCAAUAACCAGGCCCUAGUCACCCAGGCGGCAAAGGACCUCGCGAAGGAUCAGCUUCAGAUACCUUCCAACGAUUCGGCGUCAGGGUCCUAG